AGCUGCACGCUGAUGCACUCGCUGUUUGGGUGGAAUUAAUAUGUAGCUGGAAGAACACAUCUGGCCAGCGGUGACUACACAAGAAAGCUGGAUAUACGUUAUUGUAAUUGGCUGAGUAAUCGUUACACCGGAUAUUUUAUCAAGGUUUCUCUUUCAGGAUGUCAUCCGAAAAUGCUGUGUCACAGGCAGCCACUGACACACCACUCCCCACAUCAGAGUCUGAACCUCUGAGGAUGAUUCUCCUGGGCAGAACGGGGACAGGCAGAAGCUCCUCAGGAAACACCAUCUUUGGCAGAUCUGCUUUCUGGGUGGAGGCAUCCCCCCGUUCCAUCACUACAAAAUGCAGAAGACAGACUGGGACUGUAGGCGGGCGCCCCGUAUCCAUCGUUGACACCCCAGGCUUCUUCCACACGAACCUGUCACCGCAGGAAGUCAUGGCAGAGGUGGGGCAGUGCAUUCGAUUAUACCCUCCAGGACCCCACAUCUUCUUGGUGACCGUGCAGCUUGGAAGGUUCACCCAGGAAGAAAGAGAGACCCUGGAGUGGAUCAAGGCUAUGUUUGGAUCUGAGGUUUCUAGAUUUAUCAUGGUGCUGUUCACCUGGGGGGACCAAUUGCAAGGAAAGUGCAUCGAGGACUUCUUGGAAGAGAGUCAAGAACUGUCCGAGUUUGUCCAUGGCUGCCAUGGGAGGUAUCACAUCUUUGACAACAGCGGGCAAGACGAGACAUCAGAGUGCUCGCAAAAGGUCAUGCUUCUUUUGAAGAAGGUGGAUGUGGUGGUGACAAAGAAUGGAGGUGGCUUCUACACCAGCGAGAUGUUCAAGGAAGCUCAGAACACUAUAAAAGAGGCACAAGAGAGGAUUCUGGGGGAAAAGGGACAAAAACUGGAGGUUCUUGAGAAGGAGACUGGAGAUAAAGAAGAGCAAUCCCACGACUCUGAGAUGAUGAGGAGGGAGGAAGAGGAGGCCAGGAAGAGAGCAGAGAAGCUUUUCUGGUGUGAGCUGGUGACUGCCAUAGGCAGAGGUGCAGCAGAGGGAGCAGGGAUCAUCGGGAAGGAGAAAGGAAAAGGAAAAGCUGUGAAGAAGGUCGCAGCUUUGGCAGCAUCACCUCUAAAUAUCAAAUCAGUGGUGGGAGGAGCCGUGAGAGAGGGGAGUAAAGUGUUGUCCAAACACAAAAAAACUCUGCUGCAUUGAGGGACAUUUAAGGCUGCGAUCAUUUAAGUCUUUUGAAGACGUGUGGUCUUUAUUACACAGAAGUGAUAUGUGAAAGAAAACUCACUUACAUACAUCACACCAGAUGAUAUAGAUCCAUUCAUCUGCACAAACACUGUAAAAUCAUACUGAAUGAAAUUACAGCGGACACGUGUUAACGGUCUACACAAAAGUUAGUAUUCACGUGUGUUUCAGUCUAUGUGGACAAUUUACAGAAGGCAUAAAAAUUCUGUGCAAUUCAUCUUGUUGAUUGACACAUCUGUAUUCCUAAAAACAUGGUUUGUUAUAGAAAAUCACCCUUAAAUAGUUUUUUUUUUCUUUUCAUUAAAGUCAUUGUUAUUUAACUAAAACACUGGAGCAGGUAACCUCCAUCUUUGGCCUCUUCUAGCGUGACAAAAUAUUUAGCCCUUUUUAUUCUCCCAUGAAGAGAUAC